UUUGAAACGUCAGUUUACAUUUGGAAGCAACAAAGCAAAGUACCGUUUGGACUGUAAUAGAGCGCGUGUGUUUGUACUUGAAUGUGUGUGUGUGUGAUUUUGCAUAAAAAAUUGUGUAUAAUUUGAAUUUGAAUUUACUACAUGCAAGAUCAAAUGUAUAUUUAACAUAAAAUAAGACAGUAGCAAAGUCCACAAUAACAGCAAAGAUGUUCAGCUGAUGGGAAAAACCUACCACUUUUAAACUAGUGCGUGGGAAAAAUCGAUCCACAAACUGUUUGCAAAGAACAUGAAAAAUGUUGGCUUAAACGAGAGACUCUGACAAAAACAACAACAACAACAAUUUAACUGUGAUACAUUUUUGCAGUACAAAUUAGAUAAAAGAAACACUUAGAAUAGAAAUAAAGAACUAAACGACAACUCCAACUGUACACUUAUUUUUUCAAGUGCAAUAAUACAAUUUUCGCCAAGAUUCUCAAGUAACUAAUUCAUCUCGAAACAUUCCUGCGCAACAUAAAAACAACAAAAUGGCUGUGAAAAUGUACUAGGCCAGCCCUCACAAUGUCUGUCCCUGUACGCUACUCUGCUGCCGCCGAAUACGCCGUCGUCGUUGAUAGUGGUUUGGAUAAUACUCUAACCCAAGAAGAGCAAUACCACCAACAACAACAACAGCAGCAGGAGCAGCAGCAGCAACUGCAGCAACAAUUCGAACAGCAGCAAUACGCGCAAUACCAACAGCAAUACGAACAGGAGCGGGAGCAGGAGGAGGCUCUUUUGUAUUGCCAAUUGCAGCAGCAGCUGGAGGCGGAGCAGCAGGCGUUGCGGCAGCAGCAGCAGCAGUUGAUGCAGCAGCGGUCAUCGAUGUUGAUGUCCUCAACGGCUAUGCCAGCACUUGAUUUGCCCAAUAAUAACAGUAUAAAUAACAACGUCGCCAGCAUCAAUAACCAUCAUCACAACAACAACAACAACAAUAACAACGUUAAUAACAUGGAUGCAAUUAGCAUCAAUGCUAUCCUGGUCGAUGAUGAACAACCAUCAACAUCGGCUCAGGCAGCGGCGGCUAUUUUAAGGGGCAAAUCAAUGGGUAAUGGCAUCGACGGGGGGGAUCAGAAUGCAGAGAUGCCAACUGAUUGGAUGAGGAUUGCGGACGAGGGCCGGUAUGGGACACCGGGUGCUGCUGGCUUGGAAUAUCAAAAGUACGAACAACAAACACUGGAAACUGAAGCUGGAGCCGCAGGAGCUGGAGCAGCUGGAGCUGAGCCGACAGCGCUUAAAAAACUAGAGGAUCAAUUACAUGCGCUCAGCUCGGAUGAACUGUAUGAGACCCUAAAAGAGUACGAUGCACUGCAAGAUAAAUAUCAUACGGUAUUGUUGCUGCCCAAGGAGUCGAGGCGCGAGGUUACCGCCGGCGGACGUGAUGGAUCAGCGUAUGUGCUGCGUUGUCUGAAGAUGUGGUACGAGCUGCCGUCGGAUGUGCUGUUCUCAGCCAUGAGCCUGGUGGAUCGGUUUCUGGAUCGCAUGGCUGUCAAGCCGAAGCAUAUGGCCUGCAUGAGCGUUGCCUCCUUCCAUUUGGCCAUCAAGCAGCUGGACUUGAAGCCCAUACCUGCCGACGAUUUGGUAACAAUAUCUCAGUGUGGUUGUACCGCUGGCGAUCUGGAACGCAUGGCCGGGGUUAUUGCCAAUAAACUGGGCGUACAGAUGGGACAUGCGCCCAUCACAUCCGUUAGCUACCUGCGCAUCUAUUACGCACUCUUCCGCAACUUGGCGAAGGAGAUUGGCGGUGAUUUCUUCAAAUUCUAUCAACAGCUCAUCAAACUGGAGGAGCUGGAGAAUCGUUUGGAGAUAUUGCUGUGCGAUGUCAAGACGACGGUCAUAACGCCGGCGACUUUGGCUCUAGUGCUCAUCUGCCUGCAUCUGGAUUUCCAUAUUAAGGAGUCGUACACACGCGGCAGUCCCGAACUGAAGCAUGUAUUUGAGUACAUACUCUUCCUGCAGCAAUACAUGAGGAUUCCCGAUCGCGUUUUCACCUGCGGUUUUAGCAUUGUCUCGGGCAUUCUGUCCCACUACAAUGGACAGAAUAAGGCGCCCUACAAGCAGCGGCUUGUCUGGAAAUUAUCCAGUCGCACGCUGCGCGUCCUGCGCCCGAUCAAUCGCUUCUCAUCCGAUUUGCCCACCAUCGAGGAGGGUAUAUCGAAUGCCCUAGAUGAUGGCCUGCGCUCGAGAACCGAGAGUAUUAGCUCCGAGGAGGAGGAGGACUGGCCAACUUCACCCAUUAUUCCAAUUUUCGAACAAUGUUAGUAGCACCCAGCAGCAGCAAAGCAGCAGCCCCCAAUAAUAGGACAACAGGGGCAAGGGAUUAAAACAGCAGCAGCAGCAGCAGCGGCAGGCAGGAAUCAUCAUCAUCUAUGCGCACAACAUUAGCAACAACAGCAGCAACAGCAGAAGCAGCAGCGGCAGCAACAAAUUGUGGCAGCAGUAGAAAAGACAUAUCUACAGCUAAAACGAGAACUGAGUAACUGCUCCACAAUUCGUGUGCGUGUGCGUGUGCUAGUGUGUGUGUGCAUGGAGUGUGCGUGUGUGUAUAUAUUGCUAAAAACAAACAAACAAAAUGAUGCAUCAUAAUUCGUUUAGCAUACGCAUAUAUAUAUAUAUAUAUAUUAUUUACGCUGGUUCUACCAUUUAAGAAACUAUUGAAAAAUGCGAGGUCAGCCAGUCGUCAGCCCAGCCAGAGCUUGAUUUGCUUUAGGCGACAGGCAGCAUAUAAUUUUUCAAUUAACAUUUGCGGCAAGACAAAACAAAAAAUACGUUAGAAAACAACAGAAAAAAAAAAACACAAAUGAAAUGAAAAAAAAAACCAACAAAAAAAAAACAACUAUUAUAUAGAAAUGAUGCGGACCAUCAUACAAAAGAUUGAUGUCGUUCCGGACCAUUUUGAGAUCGGUGAAAGAAAACGAUAUGAGAAUUGAUAACGAACCGCACGCCCACUAAAAAGGGCGGGCACAGGCAUACGGAAUAUGACAGCAAUUUUUUGUUUAAACAAUUCGAAAAAAAAACACAAAAAAACAAAAAAAAAACAAUCUACCACCCGCGCCACAAUUGAAAUUAGUUUUAAUAACUCUUUGUUCUCCAUGUUUGUUUUGUAAACACUUAAAAACUGGACCUAAAAAAAAAACUAAAACAAAAACGAAAGAAAAAAAAAUCAACAAAAAAUCUAAAAAAGUACAAAAAUUCAUUAAAUAUAGACAGACUAUUAAAAUAUAAGUUAAAUGUUCAAGCCCGAUAGAAAAAACAAAAUAGUGUAAACAUCAUUUUUGGCCGCGCUCAGAAUUCAAGAAAAACUAUGACUAAGAACUCGUAACAGUUAUAAUAAUUAAAGAAAAUCAAAGCAAACUAAAACUAAAUCCCCAAUAUGUAGUUGUGUGUGUAGUCGAACAUAUUUUUCUGCUCUAUAUAUAACAAAAAAGAAAAUUCUUGCAAGCGAUUUCGGUUUGCUGUCAAGUAGAAAAAAAAACAUUCUUCAUGAAUUUGUUAUUAUUUGUUUAACAACAAGAGCUUUUUUUUCUUUGGGCAGGAAUUUCGCCCCUUUCUGAAAUGUAUUUAGAACAAUGCAAAAUACACAAAAGUGAUCAAUUUUAUAUAGAUGCAUAUCUAGUUUUUUUUUAUUAUUUAAAUAUGCAUAUAUAUAUAUAUUUAUAAACUUUUCCAUUUCUUUUUUGUUAUAUAAUUUAAUAACUAUUUAAUUUAUUUCAUGCAAAAACAAAACAAAAAAAAAACACUUGUAAAAACGAAAACAAAAAUAUAAAACAAAAGAACCAUGCAUAUGUUGUACUAAAUAUACGAUAGAUAUUAUUAUAACAAAACUCCAACCAGCAAAAAAAAACAAAAACAACAAAAAAUCAAAAAAAUUAGCAACUAUAUCUAACAAUAUAUGUUCUACAUUUUUUUUCACAAUUGAAGCGCGGCGCUCUCUGAUUACAAAAUUAUGAUGCAUUAUAUAGUAAAAAGUAUAUAUAUAUAUACACGUAAAAAAAACUACAAGGAAAUCGGGCUCUACUCCUGAGUUGAGCUGGAAGGAAAAUCUAAUUAAAAAGAAAAACAACAACAACUUGUGCAAGAACUACCCGCAGUAUGACAAAAAAAGAAAAACAAAAAAAGAAACAAAUUUAAAAUUUUCUCUUAGAAUUCUUUCAUUUUAACAAACAUUUAAAGCAAAAAUGAAAAAAAUCAACGGCAAGAGUCGUGCGAUUUCUUACAAUUUUCUGUAAAUUUGAAUAAAAUGCGCGUGUCACUGUGCACAGUGGCACACAAAUUUCUGAUGAAAUAUUUGCAAAAAAA